AUGCUCCACGCCAUUCACUUCUCUGGCGUAAUGGCGAAUAGACACAUCUUUUUGCUUUAUCUCGCCUCGUUCGGGAUGACGAGCGGAGCCCAAACUUUGAAAACUUUCACGGAGAACUUCUUCCCAAGGGACCAAGAAUGUGUAUGGAUCAGCAUUGACACAAAAGAUGCCAUAUUUGAAAGCUCGCUUCCCCUCUACGUCAAGCAGAUUCAUUCAAUGGAAACAUUGGACGAGAAGCUUUCCAAGCUGGACUUCGGGAACCGGUUACAGAAAUGUGUGAUUUUGCAUUGUGGUCGACUGCUCAAGACAGAAGAAACCGAACAUCUCGUGGGCAUCACGGGGAAAUUCUGGCCAUUCAAAUUGCAACUCUUUGUGACCGGUGUGGUUCCAUUGUUCAAACCCAUGGGCUCGUCGCCUUUGUUGGCACAAAGAUGGAAAGUUCCGGCUCAAGCAUUACUAUUACGAGAGGAAACUGGGCAACUGCUUCUAUUCUCCAGCUGUCCAGAACUUGAUUCCCCGCCAAUGUUGGCGCAAAUAUUCUCAGAGGAUGGUGCUAGUACCGUUUCCUUGGGUGCUCAUCAAUGUCAAGAAAUCAAAUUGCUCGAAGGCAAACAGCUUAACGUGACGUCUUUUGGCGUCACACCAUUCGUGAUUUUCAACGGGCGUAGCGUUAUAGGGGUGGAUCCACAAAUAUUGACCAUCAUAGGCGAAAAAUUCGGGUUCACUUAUCGAAUCACGUGGGGAGGAGAUUUUGGCGCGAGAAAUCCUAAAACUGGAUUAUGGAGUGGUGUUACCGGACAGGUUGCUACUGGAGCUUUCCAACUCGGCGUGGGCGCGAUUAUUGCCACCGAUAGCGAUCGGAACACUGCAGUGGACUUUCUUCAAGAUAUUUACCCUAUGGAAUUCUUUCUGAUUGCUCCAUCCCCCAAGAGAACGGCGCCCUACUUGAACGUGCUGAAGCCAUUUGAUGUGCCCUCUUGGCUUCUGGUCUUGAGUUCCAUUGUCGUCGUGGGCGUUUGUUGUAUGGGGCUGGUGUAUUUCACGUCCAUGUUCAUUCCGAUCAAGCAUGGAAGAGAGCUCGAUAUUUCCAUCAUAAUUGCACCCCUCAGAAGUAUCACAAGCCAAGAUUCUGGGCAGCGUGUGACGACACUGAUGGAGUUUUCCAUGGCAUUGAAAGUUAUAUUAGGUUUUUGGUUUUGGUACGCCCUGAUUGUGAAAACAGCCUUUGGAGGCAAUCUGAACUCCUUUUUGAUUGCUCAAGACUACGAAAGAGCCGUGAAAACAGAACAAGAUGUUUUGGACUUGAACAGAAACUUUCUUUUACCAUUCACUGGAAGUUUGAGAGCAAGUGUGGAUACUUCGCCACUUCUGGUUCACCAACAACUGAAAAAGGUUACCGAGGAUAGAGAUGGAUCAUACGAGAUUUUGCGAGGCUGGCUCCCUCCUCCCAAAGAGAAGGAAAUGAUGGAAACGAACGCCGUUCUUUUGUUUCCCAAGGAUCCCGUAAUUAUGCUAACCGAAACGCUGGAAUCAAAAUACGGUCCCAAUCCUUUGAGGAUAGAACCCACUCCCAAAUUCACGUUCUCCUCGAGUUUCAUGGUGAACAAGCAAUUCGCCUUUAAAGACGACUUCAACAAAGCGCUGGGCCGAAUUGUAUCUAUGGGCUUGGUUGAGAAGUAUCGCAAGGAUUUCUAUCCCCAACGAGCCCUCUUGUCUGAGAAAACAUCCGCGGAAUUCGUGGAGCUCACCGUCGACCAUAUCUUCGGGCCUAUUUUCAUUUUGGGAUGCGGCCUCGGCCUCGCCCUUGUAGCCUUUUUGGCCGAAACCGUUCGAAAUCCAUGUCAACAUCCUCACACGUGAAUAAAUGGAUGCUGUUCUUUCUUGCCCUUUUAGGCCGUGAGGUCGCUUCGCUCAUUCAUCAUCACUGGAUCCCAUCUCCAAUCAGCCUCAGCUGUCAGACUUGCUCUAAGUGAGACACUACAGCAUAAUCAUAGAUGCUCGAACCAGAUCUCGGGCCAAACCAAGCCCAGAACAUGUCUAUGUCAUCAGGGCCCCUCGGGCCCUUUCGACGACCAUCUCCCAGAAAAGGGCCCGAAAUUGGCAAAAACCUCGGGAGCAUUGCGGGACAAAUCAUAAAUCAUGACUUUGCAAAGUGCAUCCGAUCUCUCUCUCUCUCAAACAAAUGUAGUUGGUUUUCACGGCAUUAUCCCAAUUCAUCUUGGCACCAAUUUGAUUGGAGCCCCUUCUUCUUCCUCGCUCCUCGAGAAAUCAAGUAGUUUCUUGGCAUAAGCCUUGAAUAUGUUCCCGUCAUCCCGUUCCUUAGGAAAUAGACCUAUCUCAUCAUCACUUGGUACUCUUGUUCCCUCCAUCCUUCCAUCUCGAUCCCUAUUCUCAAUCUCCUUUCGCGGUAGUUCUCUUAGUAGGACGAGAGGGAUCCAUGGAUAGCAUCCAUUUCAACGUCCCGCGCCCGCCAACCCAAACCAUUGGGUCGGUUCCUCUUCCCGGGUUCGUGCGCCUCUCAGCGCUGCCUGGUAUUAACUGGCAGCCAAUUUUUAGCGCCAUCCCGUUUUUUCCCGACAACGAAGGGAAUGUCUCGGAAUCAUCCAACAGUAGGGACCCUGAGUUGGGGAGUGGAACUCUGCGUUUCCACGGAGGUCACUUAUUCCCAAAUCCAGUGUGUCCUUUUUUGGGGACGGAUAUCAUAAAUAUAUCUUGUUCAAGUUUGAGGAGUCUGGGACCCUCUUCAUUUGGUGCGAUCGAGGUGAUUUGGUAAAGCAAAAUCUAGCCACGGGGUGACGUCUCCAUUGUUUUGAGGAAAUAGAGGCCGACCCAGAGGAAGACCACUCUUAGACUGAUGAUUGCAACGUUCAUGGUCCAUUAGGAGUUUGGCACAACACCAUGUUUUCUCUGUGUCUUGCAAUUUCCAUCGCAGGACUCAUCAUGACAUUCACCGGAGUUAAAGGGACGGAAACUUCCAACGAGUCACUUGCAACCUCUCCGGCCCCCACAGACGGGCUUUACUGCAUGAGCUGCUUCAAUUGCAAGAUCUUUGAAAAGACCAGCCACUCGGUCAAGUGUGACCCGUCGUCAACACAUUGUCUGAGAGCAGAUAUUAAGUCUGGGGAAGUAGAGCGAAAAUGCGCAACGGAGCAAAUUUGCAAUGAAGCUUUGAGAGCUUCUGCUUACACCUCCGUGCAUUGUUGUUCCACUUCACACUGUAAUACCGGAUCCAUCAUCGGUUGUGUGGCACUCGUGGAAAUCUCACUCUUGGUUGCUCUUUCCCAAAUGAGUAACAAAUUAUUCUACAACCAUGCUUAGAUUUAAGAAUACGUGUAAGAUAAAGUAACUUCAAUAAUAUCUGCUGUCACAGUUUCGAAAUGCAUAAUUUUCCUUUUUUA